CACCCCACGUCCAGGGAACCUCUCUCUCUCUCUCCCUCAACUCAACUGUCAUUUUCUCACAUAUACUUCACACGAAACAAACAACAUUUCACUUCCCAUAUACCUUGUCACUUCCUCUCUCUCUCUCUGUUUACAGUUUCUCUUUCUAAAUCUCAAAUCUCUACUCUGCACUGCAACAAAUCAAACACCUUUAGAAUAUCCAUUUACUCACCUUUUUCUUGCACAUCAUCCUUCAAAAUUUUCUUUGUUAUGCACCAAAAGGAAAUUGGGCUAGAAGAAGAAGAAGAAGAAGAGAAGAGAAAAGAAGAGAAAUGAAUAUAGAUAUAGAUAGAUAUAGAUAGAUAUAGAUAGAGAGUUUGUCCUUGAGAAGAUGGAACUAUUCCCAGUACAGCCAGAUUUGUCCUUGAAAAUUACCCCUCCAAACACCAAAUCCACAUCAAGUAAUUGGAACAAGAGAACCAAAGAAGAGGAGAUGGAUUUGGGGUUUUGGAAGAGAGCUUUGGAAUCAAAAACACUCAAAACAGACCUCUCCCUCUCUAAUCCAAGGGUUUUUUCUUCUUCUUCUUCAAACACCAACACCCUUAACCCCAACCAUUUCCAUAACAACACUGCUAAUACUAUCCAACAAAACCAUUUCUUUCACCACCAAGACCUACCCAUAAGAGGAAUCCCACUCUACCAAAACCCUCCUUUCUCAUUUCCUCCCUCUUCUUCAACCCCUUUCCUUAACUCACGCUUCCCUCCCAAGCGUAACAUCAGAGCUCCUCGGAUGCGUUGGACCACUGCACUCCAUGCUCGCUUCGUCCAUGUCGUUCAACUUUUGGGUGGCCAUGAAAGGGCUACACCCAAAUCAGUUCUUGAGCUAAUGGAUGUAAAGGAUCUCACUUUAGCCCAUGUUAAAUCUCACUUGCAGAUGUACCGAACAGUGAAAACUACUGAUAGAGCUGCGGCAUCAUCGGGGCAAUCUGAUACUUAUGAUAAUGGGUGUUCUGGAGAUACUUCUGAAGACUUGGUGUUUGAUAGAAACUCUCCAAGGAGGUCUGAUCUAUCUAUUAGGCAGGCAAGAACAAGUGUUAAUCAAGAUAUUGGAAAUGGUAGCCUUUGGAACAACUCUUCAAGGCAAGCCUUGUUGCAUGGCAAGCCAAACCUUCAUUCCAUUCUCAACCUGCCUUCUGUUGAGGGAAUGGAUCCAAAGGUCCAAAGCAAUGAAAUAUCAGAUGGAAACUCAUCCUCAGACAUUGCAGAAUCAAAUGGCAAGAAGCCAAAUUUGGAUUUGGAGUUCACCUUAGGUCGAUCACUUUGA